GACGAGAGGACCUUUUCCUCCCACUAGGAAGUGUUGGCUGUGCAAGAUCGGUGGGGGAAAAGAGGGAGGAAACCCCCCCUAGAAAACAGUUUGUGGAGAGGGGGACGACAAGAAAAGUGAAGAGUAGAUUGGGGAGGGGGUGUGGGAGAAAAAGGAGUGUAUUGAGUAAGAAGAGGUGAAGGUAGACCUCCCCUCCCCCAGACCAUGAGAGGUGGAGGAGAGAAGUAGUCACCUGCAGAAAGAGGAAUGGAAGAGAAGUAGGAGGAAGGAAGAAAAGUUGGAGAGGAUAGUGAUUGAAGGGGGUGGAGGUAGUAGAAGACCUGGGGGAGAGAGAGGACAGGAUGAUAGGCAGUCACUAACCAUUGCCCAGGUGAGAGUGGAGCAAAUGAGAAAAAUGUGGGCAGUCACUUAAACUGCUGCCCAGAAAAGGAACAAAUGGGAGGAUAGGAAAGAAAUGAGAAGGGUGGAAUUGUGGAAGAGUGAGAUGUAAUAGGAGCUACUGGAGGCUCUUAAUGCUUAAAAGUUCCCCUGUGUGAUUGGAGUGAAGAGAUGUCUGAAGAAGACCAUCAGGAUAGUGAUAAUCAGAGAGAGGAGCCCUUUGUAGCAGAUGAGUACAUUGAACGCUUGGCAUGGAGGACUCCCGGUGGAGGUUCUCGAGGUGGCAUGGAAGCUUUUGAUCCCAAAAGAUUGCAAGAAGAAUUUGUGAAUCAUAUCAAUGAACUGAAGUUGUUGGAUGAACGAAUCCAAAGGAGGGUGGAAAAAUUGGAGCAACAAGUCCAAAGGGAAGCUAAGGAGUUUGCCAAGAAAGUUCAAGAACUGCAGAAAAGCAACCAGGUUGCCUUCCAGCAUUUCCAAGAACUAGAUGAGCAUGUCAGCUAUGUGGCAACUAAAGUCUGUCACCUAGGUGACCUCCUGGAGGGGGUAAAUACACCAAGGCAACGGCUAGUAGAGGCUCACAAACUGAUGAAAUACUUUAAUGAGUUUCUAGAUGGAGAGCUGAAGUCUGAUGUUUUCACCAAUCCUGAAAAGAUUGAAGAGGCAGCUGAUAUUAUCCAGAAGCUGCAUCUGAUAGCACAGGAAUUACCUUUCGAAAGGUUUUCUGAUGUAAAAUCUAAAAUAGCAAGUAAGUACCAUGACUUAGAGUGCCAAUUAAUCCAAGAGUUUACCAAUGCACAAAGAAGGGGGCAAAUCUACAGGAUGAGAGAAGUAACUGCAGUUUUGCUACAUUUUAAGGGCUAUUCCCACUGUGUCGAUGUAUAUAUAAAACAGUGCCAAGAGGGUGCCUAUUUAAGAAACGAUAUUUUUGAAGAUACAGCCAUUCUGUGCCAGACUGUGAAUAAACAAGUUGGAGAUAUAUUUAGUAGUCCAGAGACUGUAAUGGCCAAACUUAUUCAGAAUAUCUUUGAAAUUAGACUUCAGGGUUAUAUAAAAGACCAGUUAGAAGAACGUAAGAAAUCGGAUGCAGAGCAAUACCUUCAGAGUCUUUAUGACCUGUAUACAAGGACUACUAAUCUUUCAAGCAAAUUGAUGGAGUUUAACUUGGGCACUGAUAAGCAGACUUUCCUGUCUAAGCUUAUCAAAUCCAUCUUUGUUUCUUACUUGGAGAAUUACAUAGAGGUGGAAAUUGGUUAUUUGAGAAGUAGGAGCUCCAUGAUUCUGCAGCGCUAUUAUGAUUCCAAAAACCACCAGAAGAGAACUAUUGGAGGUGGAGGCAUUCAAGACCUCAAAGAGAGAAUACGACAGCGAACCAACCUGCCUUUAGGCCCAAGCAUUGAUACCCAUGGUGAAACUUUCUUGUCCCAGGAUGUUGUGGUGAAUUUAUUACAAGAAACCAAGCAAGCUUUCGAAAGGUGUCAUAGGCUUUCGGAUCCUUCUGAUUUGUCAAAGAAUGCUUUCAGGAUUUUCUCUUUGCUAGUGGAUUUCUUGUGUAUUGAGCAUAUUGAUUAUGCUGUGGAAACUGGGCUGGCUGGUAUUCCGUCUCCAGAUGCCAAGAAUGCAAAUCUUUAUUUCCUGGAUAUUGUAAAUCAGGCUAAUACAAUUUUUCAUCUUUUUGAUAAGCAGUUCAAUGACCAUCUGAUGCCGUUGGUGAGCUCUUCUCCUAAGCUUUCUGAAUGUCUUCAGAAGAAAAAAGAUAUCACAGAACAAAUGGAGGUGAAAUUGGAUAUGGGCAUAGAUAGGACACUAAAUUGCAUGAUUGGACAGAUGAAGCACAUCUUAGCAGCCGAACAAAAGAAGACUGAUUUCAAACCAGAAGAUGAGAACAAUGUUCUGAUUCAGUACACUAAUGCCUGUGCCAAAGUCUGUGCCUAUGUUAGAAAGCAACUGGAAAAGAUCAGGAAUUCUAUGGAUGGCAAGAAUGUGGACAGUGUUCUGAUGGAGUUUGGUGUUCGUUUCCAUCGCCUUAUUUAUGAGCAUCUACAACAAUAUUCCUACAGCUGCAUGGGUGGCAUGUUGGCAAUCUGUGAUGUGGCUGAAUACAGAAAAUGUGCUAAAGAGUUCAAGGUUGUGUUGGUAUUGCAGCUUUUUGACACGCUACAUUCCCUUUGCAACCUCCUGGUUGUAGCCCCAGAUAACUUGAAGCAGGUCUGCUCAGGAGAGCAGCUGGCUAUUCUAGAGAAGAAUAUUCUCCAUUCCUUUGUACAGCUCCGCUUUGACUACAGAUCCGCUCGUCUUGGUCGCCACUUCAGCUGAGCAUGCAGAAGAAGAAAACCAAGUAUUUACAAGGACUUGGUUUUAUCAGCAACAUAAGAGAGUGGCUUUUGAGUGAAAAUUGAGCGUGGAGGUUGCUUGGACAAACAAACUGUCAUAACUAAAUUGGUCUUUACCACUGUCCUGUUUUCAUCUUGCUUCUGGAAUAAAUAAUCUUACCAGGUUCCUGUUA